AUGGAUGUGGUGGAAGCGUGGGUGAAGGAUCAGCUUCAUGAAAUUCUGGGUAUGAGCGAUCGUCAUGUGGCCCAGUUCCUCGUUGGCACUGCUCGACGGAGUUCAAGCGCUGUAGAUUUCCUAAGCCGUCUAAGUAGCACAGGAGUAAUCGAUAUCACAGAUAAAGUGAAACGCUUUGCAGAGGAACUCUGGAUGAAGCUUCCCCGUAAAGCACCAGUUGAACGUCCAGCUCGGGCUGCAGAGCGAGAGGCCCUGGCCAUGCAACAGAAAAACAAAUCCUACACCCUUCUGGAGGAUAGCGAUGAGGACGAUGCAAAGGAAGAGAGCAGAUAUGACAAGAAAAAAAAGAAAAAUCUGAGGAAGAGGAGAAAAGAAGAGUCGUCUGACAGUGAGAGUGACCAUGCACAAAAAGAAAAAGCUCCAUCGCCUCAUAUAAUCUCAGAUGAAGAAGACCAAGAAGAGAUAGAACGGUUAAAAGAUCUGGAGGAAAGGGAUGCUUUUGCAGAAAGAGUAAAGCAGAGAGAUAAGGAGAAAACCAGGAAUAUUGUGGAGAGGUCAGAUAAGAAGGCCAUAUGAAGAAGCACAGAAGAGACUGAAGAUGGCAGAAGAAGAUCGUAAAAAAAUGGUACCGGAGCUAAGGAAGAAGUCUCGUCGGGACUACUUGGUGAAAAGAGAAAAGGACAAGCUGGAGGACCUGGAGGCAGAGAUAGUAGAUGAAGAAUAUUUGUUUGCUGGGCCUGAACUGACAGAGCAUGAGAUACAAAAUUUGGAGUAUAAGCGCAAAGUGAGGGAUCUAGCGAAGGAAUACAAACAAGCCGGAGAGAAGGAGCACAGGGAAAAACAUGACCGUUACGUUAUGCCUGAGGAGACGAGGAGUAAGAAAAUUCCAGACCGUUAUGAGGAGCCGGUGACAGAAGAGCGUUUUGCCCCUCGUGAAGAACAGAGGAGAUGGGAGGAGGAGCACAUUGGAGCAGCAGCCCUGACAUUUGGUGCAAAGGAUGCUCGUGUACGGGGACAAAAGCAGUACGACUAUGUUAUGGAGGAGGAUGAAGUUAUACAGUUUGUCAGUGCCACACAAAUGAAAGGAACUGUGGAGAAGGAAGAUGAAAACGAAAAAGUACUCUCUGAGCUGGAAAAAAAGAAAUUGUCCAUUCAAGAGGUGCGCCGCAGCCUUCCUGUCUUUCCGUACCGAGAAGAUCUCCUCAAAGCCAUCUCUGAGCAUCAAAUGCUCAUUAUUGAAGGAGAGACUGGAUCCGGCAAGACAACCCAGAUCCCACAGUAUCUGCAUGAAGAAGGUUACACUCGUAACGGAAUGAAGGUUGGAUGCACACAACCUCGAAGAGUAGCAGCCAUGAGUGUAGCAGCUCGUGUUUCACAGGAGAUGUCUGUUAAACUGGGCAAUGAGGUGGGAUACAGCAUUAGGUUUGAGGACUGCACAUCUGAGCGCACAGUAUUGAAGUAUAUGACUGACGGGAUGUUGCUGCGUGAAUUCCUCACUGAACCAGACUUGGCUAGUUACAGUGUAAUAAUUAUAGAUGAAGCCCACGAGCGGACCUUACACACAGAUGUGCUGUUUGGCCUCAUUAAGGACAUUUCCCGUUUCCGACCAGAUCUGAAGGUCCUAGUCUCCAGUGCUACUCUGAACACAGAGCGCUUCUCUUCUUUCUUUGACGAUGCACCGGUUUUCCGCAUUCCUGGACGUCGGUACCCUGUGGAUAUCUAUUACACCAAGGCCCCAGAGGCUGAUUACCUAGAGGCGUGUGUUGUGUCCGUCCUACAGAUUCAUGUUACGCAACCUUCCGGAGACAUAUUGGUGUUCUUGACAGGGCAGGAAGAGAUUGAGGCGUGUGUUGAGAUGUUACAGGAACGUGUGUCGCCGACUUGGCUCGAAGAUAGCAGAGAUGCUUGUUCUACCAAUUUAUGCCAACUUACCGUCUGACAUGCAGGCCAAGAUCUUCGAACCCACCCCACCUGGGGCCAGAAAGGUUGUUGUAGCUACCAACAUUGCAGAGACUUCACUGACCAUAGAUGGGAUAAUUUAUGUCCUUGAUCCAGGAUUUUGCAAGCAAAAAAGCUACAAUGCUCGUUCAGGAAUGGAGUCCCUUAUUGUUACUCCCUGCUCUAAGGCUUCUGCCAAUCAGAGAGCAGGAAGAGCUGGCCGUGUGGCUGCAGGAAAGUGUUUCCGGCUGUAUACAGCCUGGGCUUACAAGAAUGAGAUGGAAGAUUCAACAGUGCCGGAAAUCCAGAGGACUAACCUGGGAAAUGUGGUGUUGCUGCUGAAGAGCUUAGGUAUCAAUGAUCUCAUCCACUUUGACUUCAUGGAUCCUCCUCCUCACGAGACUCUGGUUUUGGCUCUGGAGCAGCUGUAUGCCUUGGGGGCCCUAAACCAUCUGGGCGAACUCACUAAGCUGGGAAGGAGAAUGGCUGAGCUCCCAGUGGAUCCCAUGUUAUCCAAGAUGAUUCUGGCUUCUGAGAAGUAUGGCUGUUCAGAGCAGAUUCUCACCAUUGCUGCUAUGUUGUCUGUGAACAAUGCAAUUUUCUAUAGACCAAAAGAUAAGGUAGUCCAUGCAGAUACAGCUCGUGCCAACUUCACUGUUCCAGGUGGAGACCACUUGGUGCUGCUCAAUGUGUAUACCCAGUGGGUGGAGACUGCACACUCGCUGCAGUGGUGCUAUGAAAACUUCAUCCAGGCUCGCUCCCUCCGACGAGCCCGAGAUGUCAGAGAGCAGCUGGAGGGACUCAUGGGAAGGAUAGAAAUUGAGCUGACAUCAUGUGAAGGGGACAAUGUACCUAUCCGGAAGGCUAUCACAGCUGGCUAUUUCUACCACACAGCCAGGCUCACCCGCAGUGGGUACAAGACAGUGAAGCAGCAACAAUCCGUAUUCAUUCAUCCAAACAGCAGUCUGCAUGAGGAGCAGCCACGCUGGGUUAUAUACCACGAACUUGUCUUUACCACCAAGGAGUACAUGAGACAGAUUAUAGAGAUUGAAAGUCCAUGGCUGCUGGAAGUAGCUCCUCAUUACUACAAGUCCAAAGAGCUGGAGGAUGCAGCCAGCAAGAAGAUGCCAAAACAGGUUGGGAAAAGCAAAGAUGAGCUGGGCUGA